CAAGAAAUGGCGGCAAAUCGCGGCGGCACGAAGCGAGGCCUCGACGAAGCUGGCGACGAUGUGAAGCGGGCGGCGGCGGCGGCGCUGGAGGAGGAGGAGGAGGAAGAUGACGACGAGGAGGAGGAGGACGAGGACGCGGUGCUGUCCAUGAUGGAGGUGAUGCAGCAGAACGAGGAUCUGGAGAGCGAGGCCGAUGCGGUGCUGGGCGCCAGCGACGCGGACCUAUGCUCGUAUGCAAAGGGCUACGUGAGCCGCCAGGCGCUGUACGCGUGCAGCUCCUGCACGCCACGUGGCGGGGAGCCGGCCGCGAUCUGCCUGGCGUGCAGCUACACAUGUCACGAGGGUCACGACCUGUACGAGCUCUACACCAAGAGAAAUUUCCGCUGUGACUGCGGCAACGCUCGAUUCCCUGGCAAUGCCUGCAAACUUUUGCCCGACAAAGAGGCAUCGAAUCCCGGUAACAAAUACAACCACAACUUCUUUGGGUUGUACUGCACCUGCAAGAAGCCCUACCCUGAUCCGGACGACAAGACUCCUGAUGAAAUGAUCCAGUGCAUCAUAUGCGAGGACUGGUUACACGGGCGGCAUCUGGGCGUGGAGGCGCCGGAGAGUGUGGAGUACCACGAGAUGGUGUGCGGGGGCUGCAUGGCGCGCUGCUCCUUCCUGUGGGCCUACGCCGUCCCGUCCGCAGUGGUGAAGCUCGUCAACGAGGAGCACGAAGGCUCGCUGGUCGUCGACGAUUCCCCGUGCAGGUCCAGCGCCGAGGGGACCUCCCCGAGCGGGGUCGCCCGCGGAGACGGCGUCAAGCCGUCACCCGGCGACGAAGACAAGAACGAGGAGAGCGAUGCGCCGGCGGUGCCAAAGGAGGAACCUCGCGACGUCGCCCCGACGCCCGGGGAGAACGGGGCCAGCGCGGCGGAGCGACGUCCCCCGUGCCUGCUGUCGGAGCUGCGCGCCGGGGCGGUCCCCGCUAGCCAGCCACCCGGCGACGCCGCUGCCACGUUCUGGCCGCAGCAGUGGCGCUGCAAGCUGUGCUCUUGCGCGUCGUGCCAGGCGAUGUACGACGAGCUGGGCGUGCGCUUUCUCCUGGACGAGGCGGACACGGUGCAGGCGUACGAGGCGCGCGGGAAGCUCGGGGCGGACAGCGUCGGCGGUGGAGGAGGGGGGGGCAGGGCGGCCGGGUCCAGCGCGGGGGGCGGGGACCCCCUCAUGGCGGCGCUGGGCACCAUGAACCGCGUGCAGCAAGUGGAGCUAAUCAGCGAGUACAACGACCUGAAGACGGAGCUCAUGGACUACCUGAAGCACUUCGCCGACGAGGGGAAGGUGGUGAAGAAAGAGGACAUCACAGAGUUUUUCCAGAGCAUGCAGUCUCGCAAGCGACGGAGGAGCGAGAGCAACCACAUGGCGUACCACUGCAAAUGAAGACUCCAUUAAGCCCCCGGCGCGCGCACCGUAACCGCGCUCACUUACGCCAGCCGGCUAGUUUGCCGGCCGGGGAGCCUACCGGCCGUCAAGCUUGCCGGCCGGUCGGCGGUCUUGGCGGCCGGCGAGCUUACCGGCAAGCGGACCAGCAAGCCGGCAAGCCAGCUGGCCAGCACCUUCUCCGCUCAUCCCGCUCGUGUCACGCGUCGGAGGCCGAUUCUGUCAGAGCCGGCGCUCCGACAACGUGCGUUCCGGUCGUGCGGCGUGCCGUUCCACGCGGUGUCCCAAUAUUUUGGCCCACUCGCUUGGGGGUUCCCGAAGACGCUCGCGGCGUGCGGAGGGCAAAAGAAAUGCACGCGAAUCAUUUACAUGUGUUCGGGGAAGCGCUUCCGCUAAACUUAGGAUGCGAAUUAAGGAGUCUGCGGAGUUGUUUUGUAAAAAAAAAAUGUUCACACUGCCGUUUGCCCGUACGGAAACGAGGCUUAAGAUUUCUGAUUUCUCAUCUCUUCGCCCGCUCUCUUGAGUUUCCGCUAAGAUGAUUUUAAAGUUUUUUACUUUUUUUCACAACGACCUGUACGAUGUUCAUGUGCGAAUGUUAAUCUGUUACGCUCUUGAAUGUGCUUCUGCUGCGUGAUGUCGAAAACAAGUAUAGAACGUGAAUUUGUAUAGAGAGGCUAAGCGAGUGAUGGCGAUCCUGCCAAUUAGGUGGUCGUUUCCAUCGAAAGAGGAGCUUCUUUUUUCACAUCCCCGCUCACUCUCGCACGCGGAUUGUGCUGCGGGGAAAAUCAUUCGGCUUGACAACAAACUGAAAGGGUUGUGUUCCAGUUCAGCCGUUGUUGGCGUGUCGGUAAAUAACGACGACGAUGCGAUCGCAUUUUUUCACAACGUAAUGCGCUUCAAGGGAUGCCUUCACGGCAACUACGUUACGUAGGUCGCAUUCGUCGAAGUUAGGCGAGUUUUGAAUAUUUGUCACGAGCUUUGUUGGGGGGUUUACCCACUUUCCCCCCGCUUCAGUUGCAUUGCUGCGCGAUUCUCUUGCCGCAAAGUUGCUUGGCUUGUCCAAAGUUUACGUGCGUUUGAAUGUGUCGCAGCACACGUUUGGACGUGAAGUUCACGCGGCCGCGUUGUUUUCACGUCGUCUGCCACGCAGCAGCCGCCGGGGUUUGUACGGGCGUGACAUUUCCCAAACGUGAAUGUGAUCCACCGACACGAGCGUUUAUCGUGAGACCUGCAUCGCCCGAACACAGACUUGUAGGUUAGCGCAACAACAGCAGUACACGCUCGCAUCCGUUAUCAUCGCGUUAUAUUAUUCCCUUUCGAUUUGUAAUUUUAUUUGUCGUAAAUGUUUCUUGCUUUUUUUUUUGCGACUUGCGUCUGCGGUGCGAGUUUAGUGUAGGCCACGUGCACCAAUGGACCAACUCCAUCCCACCCACGUUGUGUCGGUAAUGCACGCACGCAGGACUGACGCGUGUGUCCCUAUCCUGGUUGUUCACGGGAAGAGUCGGUGCGCGAAUCCAAGUGGUGGCCAAGGUGGUUUCGGGGCGUCGGAGGCAUCUGAGCCAACGGCACUGCUGAAGUCCUGGGUGUGAGUCCAAUCUUUAAGUUGCCUGUCAUUUUAAUUAGUCCUCAAGCAUAGGAAGAGUUGAUGGGUCCCCCCAAACAUGGUCACAAAUGACUGCACGAAAAUAUCCAUAAUUAUAACAAAAAUAUUCUGCACUUAAAAUUUGGCAAUUCACCUGCGAGAAAAGAAACGAAAUUUGCCCUCUUGAACCUCUUCCGGGACACCAAUGCACCACCUUGUGUAAGAGAAUGGCCACUUGAUGGAUGGGGUUGCAGAAUCAACUGAAGUCUGCUCAAGGCCUCAUCCGCAACAGGGCCAAAACUAUUAUUUGUUUCAUGGGAAGGGUGUUGGUCACGUGUCAAACCAAUUUUUUUUUAUUCUCAAAGAGCUGGAAUUUUAGGCAAAUUGAAUUUGCAAAAACCAAAUUGUAAUGGUCGAGUCUAAGGACGUGUAUAUAGGUAGGGUGGGCCUUGCUGCUGGCAUUCCCCGUGGAGUUAAAGUGGUCAUGAGGAAAAAUGUAGCAUUGGAGUGUCAAAUGUAGGCACUCGCCAGUAACGACGGGCGUGUGUGAAAGCUUUUUGCCGUACGUUGUGUACUUUUCUACACGCUUCUGUUUGUGAGUAAAUGCGUUUUAUUUGCGUUAUUUGAGAGUUUUUCUUUUUUUUAAACAGGAAAAGUGUUAUCUUUAGUAGUGUUUAAGAGUUCGCGUGCAUUUUUCUCCUUUGGAUUUAUGAUUACGUUGGAGCCGAUGUGUAGUGAGAUAAAUGUUGCCUCUUAUGAUUCUUGUAAAUGCGUGGUUAUUAACAUGCAGUUGAAAUAAAAUGUUACGCCUCGUCAAA